AGUACAUAAAUUUGCCGGUAGUCUAGAGUUAUCUCUUCUAACCCAUGCCAUAAGUUACAACGGGACUUGAGGCGAUGAGAAGGGGUAACAUUAUUGGGCUGCCGACAUGGUGGAAUUCUGUGCGGAGUCCCCGUCAUAAAGGAUUGCGUCACUUUUCUCCCCUCAGCUUCUCCUAUUCACACAACAAACAACAAACCUAUCUACAAUUACAAACCAUGUUUCCUGACCAACGCCUAUUCAUUAAUGGUACCUUUUCCCCUUCUGUGGAGGAGAAUCCCACUUUCUUUACAACGACCAACCCCGCUACAAGCACUCCGCUCGCAAGGGUACACGAGGCUUCACCGAGGGAUCUUCAAUAUGCCGUCGAUGCCGCUACAAAAGCAUUCGAGACUUGGUCCAGGACAACACCAAUUGAACGUUCUCGUAUACUUAACAAGGCCGUUUCGAUUCUCCGGGCCAGGAGCGAUGAAAUUGCCGGUGCCGAAAGCCUUGAUACCGGAAAGCCGUUCUCUGAGACAAGCACUGUCGACGUACCCACUGGGGCUGAUGUCCUGGAAUACUUUGCCGGUGUUUGUCUGAGUGGCCUGGAAGGGAAAAUGAUUCGACUACGGGAGAAGGCAUGGGCCUACACUACCAAGGAGCCAUUGGGUGUUUGUGUGGGGAUUGGCGCAUGGAAUUACCCAAUUCAAAUAGCACUUUGGAAGUGUGCGCCUGCUCUAGCAGCUGGAAACACUUUCAUCUUCAAACCAUCGGAAGUUACACCCCUCACCGCAAACAUCCUCGCUGAGGUUUUCACAACUGCCGGGCUUCCCAGUGGAGUAUUUAAUGUUGUGCAUGGAGGCGGGGGUGUGGGGGCUUGGCUUAGCAACUGUUCAGGGGUAGCUAAAAUCUCGUUCACCGGCCAAGUUGAAACCGGGAAAAAGGUUUACUCUUCUGCUGCCGGCUCGUCGCUCAAAAAUGUUACGCUGGAGCUGGGAGGAAAAUCCCCGUUCAUCGUGUUCCCUGAUGCCGACCUCAACCUAGCUGCCGAUGCUGCCAUGGUUGCGAAUUUUUACUCUUGCGGUCAGGUGUGCACCAACGGCACUAGGGUCUUUGUCCAUUCUUCCAUCAAAUCCAAAUUCGAGAAGCUUUUACUCGAGAGGGUUAGGGAUGGAAUUCGUGCGGGAGACCCACUGGACCCCAAUGUCAAUUUUGGCCCGUUGGUUUCAGAGGGCCAUUCUAAGAAAGUCAAAACCUACAUUCGGCAUGGAGAGGAGGUUGACAGGGCACGCCUUCUCUGCGGUGGGUUGAAGGGAACCGUUUCGCUCCCGGAUGGGAAGGGACUCGAAAAAGGGUUCUUUGUUGCCCCCACUAUCUUUACCGACUGUAGCGAUUCCAUGCUCAUUUGCCGUGAAGAGAUCUUUGGCCCAGUCUUGUCCAUCCUUACCUAUGAGACAGAAGAGGAGGUUGUCCGCAGAGCCAAUGAUACGGAAUUGGGAUUAGCGGCGGGAGUUUUUACCAGGGAUAUAGAUACCGCGCACAGAGUGAUCGGGAAGAUGAACGCGGGUAUCUGUUGGAUCAACACCUGGGGAGAAUCGCCGGCAGAGAUGCCGGCGGGUGGAUGGGGAUUAAGCGGCUUGGGGUUUGAGAAUGGCAGUGAAGCAUUGUCUCAGUUUGUGAGAACCCGGAGCGUGCUAGUGGAAAAUGGCAGAUUCCCGGCUGUAUUCUCCAAGUCUUAGAUCUCAGGUCUCAUUGUCUGGGCUUGUUGUAUUGUCUUGUGACAAUACAGUCACCCGGAUCCAAUUCCAAGAGCUGAAUUGAAA